AAGAAAUGAUAAACUUUUCACAAUAAUAUGAUCUAAAAGAAUUGAAUAUGAAUUUAGUGUGUAUCCCAUGCUUUAUAACGAUAAUGAAAGUCAAUUAACUUAACAAAACCAUAUUCUAAGUGAUAUGAGAUUUAAUCUUAUCUUAUUUGGAUACAGAUAUGAUUGUAUUUGCCAGCAGUUGAAAGAAGAACUUUCAAAAGAGCAAAAUCAGAGGCUUUCAGGAAAGCGUACUGCACAAGGAAUAGAAAAUGGAAGUAUUCGAUUCAGUUUUCAAUACCGUUUCAACUUUCACCAGCCCUUUCAUUAUCAUUUUCAUCCUCGCUAUUAUAAUACUGACCAUGUUGAUUCCUCGCAAAAUACGAAGAUGGAGUAUCAAUGUUUUGACAUGUUGUUUCAAAUCCUGUCCAAUUCGUUUAUCUUGUCGUAGGGCAGAUUAUGAUAUUGAAACAAUGAUUGACCGUUUCCAGGAAGACUUACCAGAUCCGUACUAUUUCAUUAAGCGCUUAGAUCAAAAUCCUUAUUUAGUAAAGAUCCUCGAUGUCUUGAACAGAAAUGCUCGCCACUUUCAAUUUUCCAUACUACCUUGUGGAAGUUUGAGGGAAGGUUAUGGUAAAGAGCCACCUACUACUUCAGUUUUGUCUGCUGACUACGAUAUGAUGUUAUACCCAUGGCGAUGUUUAGCAAAGAUUCCAGAUAAUUUAAGGUAUGAUCGUGGCGAGCUGCCAGAAUCAGGGGGAAAUGUUGUUUUUGAGGUGGCUAAAUCUAACACUACGAGACCUGGAUUUUGCCUAAUCAAAUACAGACAAGCAAUGCAUGAAGUCGCGGAAAGUCAAAAACAUUGGUUUAAGUAUGGUGUUUUACAUGCCCUUGACGAGACGAAUGACGUUACGGUUCUAUGUAAUGCAAAUGUGAAAUUGAAAAUCAAAGAGGCGUUGGAGAAAUCAAAAGGAGAGCUUUUGGAUAUUGACAAACUCGAUCUAGAGAGUGAUUAUCAUGUUGAUAUUACAUCGCACGGUCCAGCUGUUAACGUUAAAAUAGUGAAGGUUAAUAAAGAUAUUUGUCCCCACAAAAUUGUUGAGUACUGUACAUAUUGCUGUAUCUGUUGUUUCUGUGGCUGUUGCUGCCUUUUAUGCUGCGGAAAAUCUUGCCACGACUGCUGCAAUGGAGAGAAAAUAGAACAUUGCGUAUUUGAAGGUGACUUUGUCCUUUCCAUCUGCACUAAAGAAUGGCCUCAAGAAGCCAGAGGUUGGUUUGAUCGUGCCCGUGCUUGGCCAUCUUAUGAAACUGUGGAAAUAAUACGAAGAUCUGCAAUCCACAUUAUUCCCAAAGCUUCAACCUCACUAUGUGCCAUACGAUACGUUACGCGUCAACCUCUAGCGCACAAUGAAAGACCGGAUGGCUUUGAGCAAGAUGUCGAAUUUCGAUAUUCUUUCUCUGAAGCGGAACAAAUCUUGGCUGCAAAUGUUCCUCCCCAGGCAAGGGACGUAUACAUUGCUUUCAAGUCCACUAUGAAGCGAUUGGUGAAAGAAGUUGGUUGUAGCAACAUGCAGACAUUCGCUUACAAAAGCAUAUUUUAUAAAACAUUGGAAGAACAAGUUCAAGGUUAUUGGGAAACUAACAACUCAAACAUCAGAUCUGAAUUCUUACUUACUUUAUUUCAGAGAUUUUACAGAGAAUUGAGAGCUACUUAUUGUCAACAUUACUGGAUUGAGGAACAAAAUCUCUUUGAAGAUUUACUUACGACAGAUUCUGAUCCUCCAGAAAUUCAAUUGCAGAAGAGGAGAGUUUAUGAUGAACUGUUAAGUCAUGUUGAGCGACUUGUGGAAAAUCCUGGUCUCUAUAUAAUGGAUGAUUGGACCGAAACUAAUCGAUGCAUUCAAAAGCAUUGCUGUUUUUGUGACCUAUCAAAUUCAAAUUGUGGGAAAAGGAAAAUUGAAAUACCAUGCUGUUAUCCGGAAGAACACUGCUGUGGUUGUCCUCAUCAUGAUUAUGAAAGAAAAGAAGUUUUCCAGCUCUACUAAGCAUUGCAGCGCUUGGUUUUGUUGCCAGCAGUAUUUUGUCUUAAUGAUGACAUGUGACAAUGACAAAAUUGAUCUGUCAAAGAGGAUAACUUUUGGUUUAAACACCUUCUGUAAUUAAUUUUUUUCACUUAAAAUUGAUUUUAAUGUAAACGACAGAUAAAUGUAAGUAACAGACGGGUUAUCAAUUUCUAAAAGUGACAGCAACCUAAAAGUUUUGAUUAUCGGGA